AACGAAGAAUCAAUACUUUCGUAGUCCUAAAAACCAACUUGUUAGAACAUCCUAAAAAUACCGCUGUUUUAAAUCAUGUGGAAGAUUCAUUUUGGAUUGAUUGUUUUCCUGUUUGUUAUCAUUUUUGGGGGAAAUGAAAGUCGUGUAUUAACUAAAAGAAGUUUUUCUGAUCAAUCCGUUAGAGGUUAUUUAACAGAGAGAAUUUGUUGGUGGAAUGAAGUGUGCAAGGAAGAAUUUCAAAAUUUAUUUAGAUGUAGAUGCCCUGCUUGGUCUUUCUGUCGUGCCCCAGGAAGAUAUUACAACGCUUUUUGUUCGAUGACUGCUACCGGGUAUAUUUGGAAACAACCCGGUUUAGAUGAUUCUUAGCAAUAAAAUAAUUUCAAAAGAGAAAUUAAAAAUGUUAAAGUGUUCGUAAUGAAAUCCUAAUAUUGAAGUAAUAACAAUAAAUACUGCCUGAAAGAAUAUGUUUUCCAAUGUCAUACAAACAUGUUAAAUUGUGAUUUAAACAGUGGAUCAAAUUAAAUCUUGGAUAGCAAAAGAAAAAUUAUUAUUAAUUAGACACUGUGGAUAUAAAUAGUGAGACUCAAGUUAUGUGAUUAUUCAAAUUGAACAAUAAAUAAAAAUAUUAAUGGCAA